GUAUUUACUAAUUCCACAAAACACAAAAACCAAACAAAAGAAACCGUUAGAGAAAGAAAAAAACUGCGUUGUUUCUUGAAAAUGGAGAUUGUUAGGUUCGCAGUCGCCGUCAUUUUUGCACUUUCCUCCAUCUCGUCGUCUAACGCGGCAACUACACCAACUACACCACCAAGCGGCGGAGCAGGAGAUGCUCACUCGAUGCCAUGUAUACAGAAACUGAUGCCGUGUCAGCCGUAUCUUCACUCGUCGGCUCCUCUGCCUCCAGCGUCGUGUUGCAUGCCGUUGAAGGAGAUCGUCGAGACCGACGUGACCUGUCUUUGCUCAGUAUUCAACAACGUAGAUAUGCUUAGAUCGCUUAACUUAACUAAAGAAAACGCUCUUGUUCUCCCCAAAGCUUGUGGUGCUAACGCUGAUGUGUCACAAUGUAAAACCAGUACCGGUACUACUACGCCUUCGACGUCCCCGGGAACUACUAAAACUCCUCCGGCAUCUCCCGCUGAAAGCGGCUCCGCCGGAGGUUCAGCUUCUUCAACGGCCAAACCAUCAGACUCGGCUCCGGCCAUCAACUUUGCCGGAAUUAGCUUGGCCUCAGCUUUCGUGGCAUUGGCAACAAUCUUUUUCUGAUAUCCUACUAAGUCACGUCUUUAUUCAGUUUAGUAAGUUUAAAAUGUUGGAAACUAUUAUUAUCAGACUAUAUUCGGUAACUGAUGAGUAUUAAACAUGUACUAUGAAAUUUCUAAUAAUAGUAAUAAUUUCCAACAGCUCUUUGCCA